UCAUAAAGUUCUUCUUGUAUGCCGUCGUCUCAACUACUUCAAGAUCAAGACAAACUUUUGCCUGUCUCGUUUGCACUCGAGUCCAUAAACGAACUUCGCGACUGGACGCCCGAAGCAACUGAGUACAAUAUACCCAACGUACCUCUUCAGCCACGCGCCAAAGACCCCCUUAAGCCCCGUCUACUACUAACCCACGACAUGGCGGGUGGGUACAAUGAGGAUAAGUCCAUUCAAGGCAAUGCUUAUUCUGAUAUCUACCAUAUUCAGUAUUGGCACUUGACCGAUAUUUUUGUUUAUUUUUCGCAUAAACGAGUCUCCAUUCCACCUGUCAAUUGGACUAAUGCUUGUCAUCGAAAUGGUGUGAAGUGCUUAGGCACGUUUUUAGUGGAAGGAAGUAACCAAAUGCACGAGAUGGAGGCUUUAUUACAAGGCCCACCUUUAGUUAAGGGAAGCGACGACGGUGACCCAAUGAGACUAUGGAGUCCAUUUUAUGCCGAUAAACUAGUGGCUAUUGCCAAGCAUUAUGGAUUUGAUGGUUGGUUGUUUAACAUCGAAUGUGAGUUUUUCCCUUUCCCAACCAAUCCUAGAACAAAAGCCGAAGAAUUAGCAAAGUUUCUUCACUAUCUUACAGAAAAGAUGCAUCAAGAAAUUCCUGGGUCUCAAGUAAUUUGGUACGACAGUAUGACACAGGAUGGAGAUAUCGAUUGGCAAAACAACCUGACCGUCAAAAACGAAUUAUUUUUUCAGAACACAGACGGUAUAUUCAUCAAUUACUGGUGGAAAAAGGAGUAUCCCGAAAGUGCUAGACAAAUGGUGGAGAAACAAGGAAGGGCAGGCAUCGAUCUUUAUUUUGGCACGGAUGUUUGGGGUCGCGGGACAUUUGGUGGCGGUGGAUUCCAGUCUUAUAAAGGUGUAAAGGUAGCUAGUGGUGCGCAGGCUUCGUCAGCUUUGUUUGGUAUGGCAUGGACCUAUGAACAUUUUGGAAAAGCAGAUUUUGAAAAAAUGGAUCACUUAUUUUGGUGUGGUGGUGAUUACUCAGAUUAUCCACCUCCUUCGCCAAAAAUGACUGAUAAAAAAACUGAAAUUGAAAUUGAUGACAGUGAGGAUGAAAUGCUACACGGCCAUAGAAAGGGUAUUUCGGAUACAGUAACAGCUCAUUCUGUGCCGGGAUUAGAUUGGUUUGUCACAUCAUUUGAUAGAGGAUUUGGCAAUCGUUUUUAUUAUAGGGGGAAGAGAUUAAUAUCACAACCUUGGUCACACCUAUCACAUCAAGCUGUACUUCCCAACUUAGACUACCGUGAUCCUCACAUAUAUCCAAUUGAUAAAAACACAAAGUUUAGUAGCUCAUUAGAGUCUAAUUAUGGCGCUUUUACAGGAGGUACAUCACUUAUUAUCCGAGGUCAACGUACAAGUCAUCGAGAAUCCAGAGAUACAGAGUUCGAUGUCACCGUACCACUUUAUAAGCUUUCAGUUGAUGCUAGUAAAGGCUGUACUUUAAAGUAUAUUUACCGCACACUAUUAACCGAAGACGUCAAGCUCACCAUGUCUUGCGAUUUUUUGCUCAAGACAUCAGCCCAUGCUACCUCUACCGAUUUUUUUUCUUCGUGGCAACCCGAGAGCUCAUUGGACCAAGAAGAUGGGUUCCGUGCUACUAUUACUACGGCCGAUGAUGCUUCUGAAAGCAGAUGUUUUUUAUUGCCAGCUACUGAACAGGCGACAGGAGAAAAUGAGUGGAUAACAAAAACGAUCCAUAUUCCUGCUGCACCAGUGGGCAAUGCGAUUUUUAUAAAUAAGAUUGGGGUGAGUGUUACAGUGAAUGCAGCAAGUCUAGUUGGCUUAACACCGCAUGUAAUUGCGUCUUUGGGAUACCUGAGCAUUAUUCCUGGUACUACGGUGGAUUCAUUGACACAGAUGAAUGAAACAAAAUUGAUUGAUUUAACAUGGACAGAUCAAGAAGCGGUGGCAAAAAUACCAGUGCAAGAAGACAUGAGCGAAAUUUUACCAGAAGAGGUGUAUGUAUAUUAUGGGUCCCUAAAUUGGAAAGAUGUAACAAAGGAUACGCACGAUUGGAAAGAGACAGAGUUUUACAUAAUCUCAUAUCAAUUCGAGAAUUGUGAUAUUUCAUUUUUGGGAACUUCUUUUUGCUGUCAGUACCGUAUUUCUGGACUCGAAUAUGUUUUAUCUCGAGCACCUCAGAUUAUUGUGGAAGCUGUAAAUAGAGAGGGUCUUAUUUCAUCAAAAGCUAAUAUUAGUAUCCCAUUUAAAUGAUGAUAUCCUUUUCUUUUUUUUUUAUUCUUUAAUUUCGAGGAUGAACUAUAUCUUCAUCAAACAUGAUUGUCAGAAGUAAAAAAAAAAAAAAAAAUCUGCGUUACAGCUUCUCAAAAUUAUCCUCAUAUCUGUACACUAUAAAUGAUAAAAGCUACAUAAUAAAACCGCUUUUUCUUUAUGGACUUAGAUAAGUUACCUAAGUUCAGGAACUCGACUU